GUACGAGGACCGGGAGAACGCCCUAGGCUAUGAGGGGGUGAGAGGGCGAGGGCGGGGGCGGCGGAGCAUAAGGGGGCCGGACACUGGCGAGGCAGGACAGUUGCCUCCGAGGACCGCGGCCGUCGAGUGGUGCAUUCCCAGGUCUCAUCCGUCAGUCAUCACUCCCCGUCCGUCUGUGCAUGACCGUGUAUGUGCUUCAUGAUCUCCCCUCGCUUCUGGCAAGGAGGAACAAUUCCGUCGACCUUCCCUUCCCUUCCUUCCCUGCCAUACGGCCGUCCUUACCGACGCUCACCCUCUCCCUUCCCCUAAUUUCUCUCCCCCGCCCCUGCUCCCUUUCUGCUCCCCCUUCCCUUCCCUUUCCCUGCCCUCCCUCCUCCCUCCCCCUCGCCUAUCCCCCUCCCCCUCGUCUGCCCCUUUCUCCCUCUCCUCCCUCUCCCCCGCCUGCACCCCCUCCCCCUCCCCACCAUGUUCACCACCUCCACCACCUCGUCGCCCGCGGCCUUCGAAACCGACGAAACGCCGCUGAUGUUCCUGAUGGCGCCUCCGUGUGGCACCGACGGAGGCUUCGGUCCCCACGACGCCACGACGACCUCCACCUCCGCGCCCUUCACUGAGGCCGGGGAGGCGGGGGGCAUGACGGCGUGCCCGGGGGACGUGAACUGCACCAUCAUCACGGCGCAGCCAGGGGCGUCCAUCGGCUCUCCGAUUCUUCUCAGUCUCACGGGCGUGGCGGGACAAGUUUGGGCCUUAUGUUACCUGUACGGAAGCACGAGACGGCAAAAUGCACGCACAGUCUUCUACGUACUCCUCUGCACGCUAGUUUGGCUCCAUCUAUUGGGAAAAAUCCUAACUACGCCCCCUGCUAUCAUAUCAUAUGCCUACGGAACUUGGGUGGGCGGGAAACACAUGUGCGAUUUCCACGGAUUUAGCAUGGUGUUGGUAUGCACUCUAACGCAUUUCACUCUGGCUGCUAUGGCCAUCGAACGGUUCCUGGGCAUCUGUCACGGCUAUUUCUACAGCAGAAACGUUACUCCGCACAGAUGUAGAGUCCUCCUCCUCUCCAUCUUCGUGUUCUGCAUCAUGUUCUCCCUCCUGCCACUGUUCAACAUCGGGCAACUGUUCCUGCAACACCCUGGGACCUGGUGCUUCCCCAACCUUCACUUGUGUCCGACGACCCCCCUAAGGCAUCGUAUUUUCACCACGACGAUGGGAGUCAUCAACAUUUCCAACCUCGUGGUCAUCGUUGUCUGUAACGUGCUCGUUGUGGGAAACCUCCUGAAGAUGCGGGUGAGUCGCCACCUUCCUUCGGACCACCACAGGAACAACUUCAGGUUCAGGGGCGGCUGGGACCACGAACUUCAGAUGGUUCUUGUGCUCUUGGCCAUCACCUGCGUGGCGAUCGUGUCGUGGGGGCCGCUUGAUGUGAGUGCUUGUGCUUUCUGA